GUCUCAUAAGAUUGUUACUUUCAGAUUUGAUUGACUCAUUGAUUAUAGAUAAAUUAGAAGAAAAAUCAGGUUUAGGUUCUGCAAGUAUGAGUUCAGGUUUGAGAUCGUUCACUUUAGAUAUUUUGGCUGUCUUGAAUAACGAAAUAACUGAAGGUGUAACUUCUACUGUUACAUAA